CGCGAUCAUACCGAUGUUCCUUAUAAUCAAUUGUACGAGCGAAGCUUAUCCUGGAUUUCUUCGGAGUAUGAAUGGCUGGAAAAGAUAUCUGCACGCAUCCUUUCUCCUUCCCCCCGAAGCAUGUCGUCCAACGGCACCGCUGCUAGUGCCGUCGAUGCCAACACGUCACCCAGCACAAUGUUGCUUCAUGAUCGCAUCGCGGCCCGUGUUCAAGAGCGUAACUCUUGGUCUACUUGGAGGAAGCACAGCGUAACGGCGGUACUCAAGUUCUUGACCACCCACGGUUCUUCCCUUCCGAGGCUUCCCUUGCAGUCACAGCUCGAUGAAGAUUUUCCAGUGCUGAACAUGGAGUGGCCCGCUUUGCAAUCUCCCGAGCCGCUGCAAGUAACAUGGCUGGGACAUGCCUCAUGUCUCAUCCAAGCACAGGGUCUCAAUAUUCUAACGGGUCCAGUCUUUAGCGAGCGCUGCAGUGCGGUGCAAUGGGCUGGCCCGAAGCGUUACCGCCCUACUCCGUGCAAUAUCCGCGAGCUUCUCAAGCAUGUCCGACUUGACACUGUUUUACUCAGCCACAAUCACUAUGACCAUUUGGACUACAACACAAUGCAAGAUUUGGCUAACUUGUCGGAGUUUUCUCUGACCUUCGUCGUACCCUUGGGUUUGAAGCAGUGGUUUGAGUCCAACGUGUCUGGGAUCGAUCGACACGAGAUUUACGAACUGGACUGGCACGAGCCUUGUACAAUCGUUACAAAUAGCGGUAAGAAGCUUGAGGUGACACCCGUACCCAUGCAGCACUGGACAUCCCGCCAUGGCUGGGAUCGGGAUCAGACUUUGUGGUGCGGAUAUAGUUUGGUUUGUGAAGACACCACCAAGGUGCUUUUCCCUGGCGACACGGGUUGGUUUGAAGGUCUAUGGGAGAUUGGCGAGCGAUAUGGACCCUUCGAUGUGGCCAUGAUUCCUAUCGGAGCUUACGAGCCUCGAAGCUUUAUGAAGCCUCAGCACACCGAUCCGGAAGAAGCAGUGCUCAUGAUGGAAGCUGUGCGGGCACGGAAAGGUCUGCCGAUUCAUUGGGGUACGUUCCAAUUGACGAGCGAACACUACUUGGAGCCUCGGGUCAAGCUUGUGGAGGCCAUGGAAAAGUCGACGCUAUCAACCGAGACUUUUGCACCAUGGCUCAUUGGAGAAACCGUUGUCUGCCCGACCCAUUAGGGACAGCGUCGGCCUCUUUUUGUGUGGAAAGGACUAAGAGUAAGAACUUUAUGAAUUACUUGCGU